GUAGGUGUCUGGUCAGCGGGUUUGUGGGAUGCCCACCUCAAGAUAUGAGAUGUCCCACCUUCGCGGUCCAUUAUAGAAAAUAACACAGUCGAUAGCCGGCAACUACGCGUAUUGUACACACGGGCGAUAACAAUAAUAAUAAUAAUAAUUGAAAGAGACAGUUGCUUCGAAUUUUUGGUGUGUCCUUUGUGGUUCUUAUUACUCUGCUAUAGACUUUAUUACUGGCAAUUUUUUUUAUUAAUCUUGUGCUGAGAAGUUGCGAGGUGAAAGCAUAAGGCCAUGUCGGCCGAUACCCACAACCUCUCUCACAUUCAAGACGAGGAUGUUCUUCGUAAAAUGUGGCAAGAUACUGAAGAUUUCGGAAAGAAAAAGGAAAUAAGAUCGCACAUGUAUAAACUACGGGAACAACGAUUGAGGGAGUUUUAUAACGGCAGCGAGAUCACAGAAUCCAGAUCGUCAAAAACUACAGGAAAAGUGACGCAAAGCUCUACUCACGCCGAUUCACUCGUCGAUCAAAGCUUUCAGAGCUUUAAGAGCAAAGAAGUCCGAGAUUCAGGAUCAGGAUCACCUACAAGAGAUAUACAUUACAAAGUACCAGGUUCAAACGAAUGGCAGAUUGCAUCGAACAACGAAAUUAGCAAAGACGGCAAAACUAGAAUUCACUCCACAGUAGCGUCGGUACAAGGCACCCAAAAGAUAGAUGGGGGCCAAAUAGAUUUCAAAGGCAAGAAUGAAAAUACGUCUAGCGUCUAUCACCACGCCGAUGAAAACUCGGAAACCAUGAGAACCCAAAGUAGCAGCCAUAGCUCGACUGCUUCCCGUAUGGUACAAUCUCACACGGUGCCUUCAGAACAAAUAGAGUUACCAAGUAAUCUUCAAGGGGUUACCAAAGUGAUACGUGAAACUAAAACGUUACCAGAUGGUUCUAAAGUUACCACAACCAGGUACGAUACCACGAGUGGUUCUUCUCACACCACUAACCAAUCUGCUCAUGUACGGACUUCGCAAGAAUCUUCUUCCAGCCGCCAGGUGAACGAAAGAACGUCUGAAAAUGUUGUUUCUGUAGAUAACAAAGAAGUAGCGAUACCUAGUAAUCUGCAAGGUAUUACUAAAGUCACAAAGGAGACUAAAACACUACCAAAUGGUACAACUGUUAUUUCUACCAGAUACAACACUACCAGUGACAACAUACAAACAGGGCAUAUUAAAACUGCCCAAACUUCAUCAACAACUCAUAUAACAGGAGAAAAACAAGCAACUUUAAACAUUUCAACGCAAAACAAUGAUAACAUCACUACCAAGACAAUUAAAGAAUCUAAAAUUCUUCCUGAAACUUAUACAACAACAUCUGUAACAAAUCAAGUUACUGAUAUAAAAGGUUCUGCUCAAAAUCGACCUCAAGUACCAGAAAACCUUCAAGGAGUAACUAAGAUAACUAAAGAAACAAAAACAUUACCAGAUGGUUCUAUUGAGACAACGACAAAGUACCAUACAGUUAGCGGUACCACUACACAUACAGAAGUUAUAGGAACUGGGAAAAUUUCUAAAGAGCACAGCUCAGUGACAAAUAAAUCUACUAAAAGGUUCGAAGAAAGUGUAGAUAAUCAACAAAAUUACAAAACUGAAAAGAUACACUCAGUAAACAACAAAAUAACGGAUAAUAAAGACAUAAUAAGAACUAAUGUUACCAGUACCCAAGAGGACAAUAGGAAAAAUUUUGUUGAAAAUAACACCAAAGUGACUAAUGUUAACGAAAACAUAAAUAUAACCAGAGUAAGCACUGAUGACAAAGAUACUAAUAAAGUAUAUAGAGUACCCACCAAACAACCGGUGGAACCCAGAGAGUGCGAAAAUAUUGUAACAAAUCAACAUAAUAGAAGAGAAGAAAUAACAACUGACAAUUUUAUAAACACAGAACGUAGACAAGAAGUUUUAACACGGGACAAGUACCCAGAAGAAACGCCUAAAAAUAAACCAAGUGCCCCGAGAGAUAUAAGUCCCACCAAGCCAACAAAAACUUACUAUCAACCUAGUAAGCCAACAGAUGAACCUAGAGAAAGAAGUCCCACCAAACCAACAACAACUGACUAUCAACCUAGUAAGCCAACGGAUGGACAUAGAGAAAGAAGUCCUACCAAACCAACAAAACCUGACUACCAACCUAGUAAACCAACGGAUGGACAGUACGAAACGACUUAUAGAACUGACUACACCAACAGGAAAAUAAGCGUAGAAGUUAGUCCUACUCAUGAUGCAUUCGCAAGGUCUUUAAGGUCUGUCUCACCAGACCGAGUACCUAGCAGAGGCAGUCAUAGAACUAGUAAUUCUUCAAUACCUGAAAAAAUGAGACACCCCUCAAGAAUAUCUCCAGAGCGUACUCAUAAAAAUCGAGGUGGAAGUCCUACAAAAAGCAACGAUAGAUUUUCUAGUACCGACACUUAUAUUUAUAAUAAAAGGAGAAGUACUGAUGAAGGGCCGAAAACAAAGUCGCCUUCUCCAAAAAGAUAUGGUAGUACCGAUACAUUCAGAAAGACAGAAAGUCAAGAAACGAUUACAAUUUCUAAAACAUCAAGACAUGAUGUUACUAAUACUACAUCUAAAAAGAAAGACAUUAAGAGGACAAGUCAACAUUCCCUACCAAGAUCAAGGUCGCCCUCUCCUAGAAAACCUUCUGAAUGCAGAAAAGAAACAUAUGAAAUUGUAACUGACUUGGACGAAGACGUAACUAUAACCACAGAGAAGCAGAAAACUGGUUCCAGACCUAACACUUUAGAGCUUUCGAAGAAACCUAAAAAAAUUACUGACCGUUCACCGUCUUCUCCAUUAUCAGACUUAGGAUCCCCUAAGAAAUCACCUACAAAAGAUCUUAGAAGAACUAGCAGCUUCAAAUCGCCUACUAAAGAUCAUUCUCCAACUAAAUAUCCAACCGACAGUUACAAGGCUCCAAAAGACAAUCUGCCAAAAUCUCCAACAAGGAACCGUCCAGAGGAUCGUCCUUUAAAGAGAACCGAUACAUAUGAAGAACGGUGUCGGCAAAUACUGGGGAUAACAGAAGUAACUGACAAAAGAAGGAGUAGUUUGGAGAGAUCAUCAAGUAAAAGAAGUUCUUUUAGAAGAAAUACUUCGACAAAUAGUGUGGACACAAAUGGAAGCACUAGUCCUACUAAGGACAAACCUAGAAGUCCAACUAAAAGCCCCGUGAAGGAGAGGCCACAGUCAAGAGAUUAUGAAACAACCGAUAUUUCAACUAGAACAACAACAGAGACAACUACUACAAGUAUUGAAGGAAAACCUCGAAGUCCAUCAAAGAGUCCAGUAAAAGAAAGACCACUAUCCAGAGAAUAUGACGAUAAACCUAGAAGUCCAACGAAAGAAAGACCACGUUCAAGGGAUUUUGAAACAACUAAUAUUGUCACAACAAACAAAAUCGUGGACACGAAUAAAAUACCUAGACCUGCUGAAGGAAAACCUGGACCAACAAAGAGUCCAGUAAAAGAAAGACCACUAUCCAGAGAAUAUGACGAUAAACCUAGAAGUCCAACGAAAGAACGACCACGUUCAAGGGAUUUUGAAACAACUAAUAUUGUCACAACAAACAAAAUCGUGGACACGAAUAAAAUACCUAGACCUGCUGAAGGAAAACCUGGACCAACAAAGAGUCCGGUAAAAGAAAGACCAAGUUCAAAAGCUUUUGAAACCACUGACAUAGUUUCAACAACCACAAUAGUGGAUACAACUGAAAUCACUAGACCUACUGAAGGUAAACCUAGAAGUCCAUUAAAGGAAAGACCUGUUUCCAGAGAUUAUGACACCACAGAUAUUACUACAACGACUAACACCGUGGACACAACUGAAAUCACUAGACCUACUGGAGGUAAUCCUAGAAGUCCGAUGAAAGAAAGACCACGUUCAAGAGAUUAUGAAACAACUGAUAUUGAUACAACGACCAAAACAGUUGACACAACUGAAAUCACUCGUACACAAGAGAAACAUACCGACAUUUCAUCAACCAAAACAAAGGACAUAACUGAAAGCACUGAAACCAUUAGACCUACUAAAGAAAAACCUAAAAGUCCUGUAAAGGAAAAACCACGUACCAGAGAUACUGAAACCCAAGACAUUGUGUCAACCACCGAAACAGAAGAAACUACUAUUAUCACCAGUGACCUCUAUAAACCUAAAAAGAGACCACAAAGUCCAACUAAAGGAGAGAAACCCGAAUCAGUCCAAAAAAGGCCUGAUAAAAAGGGUCCAAAUAAAUACCCUGACAACGAACAUACUACGAAUGUCCAAAAAACUACAGAACAAGUUGACGUUUAUAAUAAGGAAGAAAUUAUAAUAACUGAUGAAGAAUAUAAAACGCCACAUCAACCAAUAACAAAACCAAAUCAAAAGACACAUCCACAGACAACUGUUGAUCAAACAGACCAAACUAUUUUUUCCAAAACCUCGAAAGAAAACAUUUCUAGAAAAGACAUUAAAAAUGUGACAGAAGACAUCACAGAACAACAAGAGGUAGAAAUCGUUACCAGGAAACCUAUAAACGAAACUGUUGAUGAUAGUCCUAAAAAGAGAGGACCUGGCAUUACUGAAUUCCCAUCCCAAAAGAAGCCACAGAAACAUACGCCUACGAAUUUAAUUCCGUCUAAAACAGUUGAUACAACAGAAGAAGACAAUGAAGUUGUUACUGAAGAAACAACUAUCUAUGAUGACAAUAAACCAUCCAGUAAAGGUCCAUAUACGAAAGAAAGACCAAAGACCACAACUGAUAGACACAAAACUAGCACAACAGAAUUCAUAAUGCAGGAAAAAUUAAGCACAGACAUAAACUCGAGUACUGAAGUUUUAAUCGAUGAAUCAGAACGACCAGUACCUACCAAAAAGACACCAAAAGUCAAAGAGACCCGCCCUCAAAGUACACCAUCGGGAAAACCAAUUACAUCAACCACAUAUACUGAAAAUGUACUUAAUGUGGAAGAAAUUGUUGAUACUAAUACGUUAGAACGCAAACCAUCAAAGCCUACAACUACAGACGACAAGCCAACAAAGAAAGAACUUACUGAAUAUCCAGCACAAUCCAAAUUGAAACCCAAAGACACUACUACAAAGAUUACAACUACUGAAAUCAUCAAUAAGGAAACAACAAAACCUGGUGAAAAGAAAGAACCAACAAAAAAGACACCAAUAACCGAGUUUCCAUCUCAAAUUCGCAAAGAACCAAAAACCACUACUAAAACUAGCACUUCAAUAACUGAAGAUAUCUCCGUAGAAGAAAUAACAAGGAAAUUCACGAAGCCUUCUCCUGGAAACAAAAAACCAACCAAACAGGGUCCAGAUACACAGGAAAAACCUUUAAAACCAAAUAAGGAAACAGUAAAGACAACAGAGAAAGAAAAAAUUAUCAAAACUAGCAAAGACAAGGUUACUGACGAAGAAGAAACCAUCAUUGAUGAAUUAAUAGUAGUGGAUGAUUCUGAUGUUCCAAAAGUUACCAUCGGUAAACCGAUUCCUAAGGACGAAAAACCUAAAAAAUUACCUAAACAACAUGCUGUUGAUAAAACAACAGAAUAUUCAGAUGACGAUGUUGAUUUUACCCAAGAAGUUAUAGUUACAGAUGAAUUUGAAAUUGUAAAUAUUCCAAAACAGAAACCCAAGCAGGAAAUCCCUCAGUAUACUUCACAAACUAGAAAACCCAUCACUAAAAACAUCUCUAAAGAAAAUAUUACCCCUACAAAGGAAAAAUCAUCAAAAGUUAAAAAACCUACCAACAAAGAACCUACUGCUACAGAAAAAUUCUUUGAACCUAUCGAUUAUGCGAAUAUGGUACCUGUUGAGGAACCAUUGAUGAUCAAAAAAGAUAUAGACACAAGUUGUCCUCAUGAUAUUAGGUACGCAUCGAAAACCACUAAAAACUUUAUCGAAAAAGAACAAAAAGAAAUCAAUGAAAAUGUAAAUUUACAGAGAAGACCUGUUAAACCAGAAAAGGAAACUCCUUUGCAUAAAACGCAAAUUAGUACCACAGCUAAGAAACCUCAAAAACAACCUGAGAGGAAAUUAGAUAAACCCAGUACAAGAAAACCGGUCAAUGGUAUAACUGAAUAUCAAGAUCAAUACUCUCCUAAUCUUAAACCAAAAUCAACUCCUACUAAAUCGAAGACCAUAGAACCAACAACAGUAUUUAAACCGUCAAAUAAAAUAAAUUCUAUACCUACUAAACCUACUACAAAGGUUCAAGUUAAUGGGUUCCAUAAGCCAGAAAAACCCAAAACACCUCAGGACACAAUAAAAUCUUCCACUGUUGUCGUAAAUACAGUGAGGGUACCAAAACAGUCUGUUGUAGAAACAAUAACAACAAAGAAGACUACAAAAACCAUUAACCUAAAAGAAAAUGAACCAUCCGAGCCAACAAAGUUAAGAAAACCAUUACCAAGCAAAGGUCCUGUAAAGCCUUCUGCUAAACCAUCGCAUCCCGAUCAUUCAACCAAAAAGCAUCUAGUUACGACUACAAUAACACUAAAGACCAAUACUCAACCAGUAACUACGAAACCAAAAGUAUCAAAAACAACAACUACAACGGUUACAAAGUCACAAAAGAACAGGGUUGUUGAUUUGAAACAAAAACGUGUGAAUGAGUAUGUUUCAACUGAUACUGACGAAGAAGAAACAAUAGAAACUGUCGAUGUAACGAAAAGAAAUGGUACCAAAAGACAACCAGAAAAAUGUAUAACAACGAAAACCGUUAUCAUAAACAACAAUACACAACCGAGGCAAAUAGUGGUAGAUCUACAACGUUCAAAGUCUUCGAGAGAACCAACACCAGAUAAAAUAUGUCCAGUGCCUACAGAGUACGGAGGCUAUGGAUCACCAAGAUAUCCUGACGAAAUUGAAGAACCCGAUGAUGUUAACGUAAGGAAACCACCGAAGAGACUUUCGGACAUACCUUUAUUGGAAUCAGAAGAUGUUACCAACUUUAGCAGAAUAACAGAAAUCUCAGACACUAAAGUAGUUACUGAUAUCGAUAAAGUAGAAACAACAGACGAGAGUCUCUUGAGCGUUAAUAGAAAGAUCAAUUUGUUCCUAGACACUGCUGAUAAACUCACCAAAACUGGUAAAGGCCCAUCUGGUCCAGCUCCUAAAGUAGAACGACCCAAAUUGGAAGUUACACAAGAUCUGGAAUCAGAUGAGUGUCUUUUGAGCGUGUCAGAAAAGGUUAACAAGUUCAUAAACACUGCUGAUCAAUUUAUGAAUGUUCGGGAUUUGCCAGAGAGACCAAAAAGUCCUAGGUGUAAGUUUAAUAACGAUAAAAUUUCUUCUAAUAACUUUAUUACCACCGAACAAAAGACAAUUCAGAAAGAAAACCUAACUAAUGAGACUCGAAAAGUAUCUUUAGAAAAUUUAAACACUGUCGAUACCUAUAGAAAAUCUGCGCCCACUGAUAUUAAAAAAGAACCGAAAUCUGUGACUAGAGCUGAAAAACCAGGCGACAAUAAACCUGUGGACAAGAAACCUAGCAAAUCUCCAGUUAGAGAGAGCCAGAAAACACAACCAGAGCUUGUUGAUCAAAAGUAUCCUAAUUAUAGUACUAUAACUAAACGAGUAUCUUUAGAAAAUCUUGAAAUUCAAACCAGUGUUAAAAAUACAGAAGAUAUUCGCAGAAAAUCCCCUGAAAGAGUAUCACCAACACAUACCAAACGUCCUUCAGAUAGAAACGUAUCUCCUGAAGAUACAAGAAACAAACCAAGUGAAAGAUCGUCUCCAGAUCGAUUAUCGCCCACAAGAAUUACUCCCAGUCAUCCUGGAACACCAAAUAGGCGUCCACCGAAUGAAUACACGUCAAUUAAAUCCAUAAAAACCCAAGACGUAAAAUCUACGACCAAAGAGGUCAGUACUACUCCAAAGAGUAGCAAAAGUAAACCAGCGGAGGACAAGAAAAAUAUUCUAAGUACUACCGGUCGUCUUAGGAGUACAGAAAGUAUUAAGAAGGCUAGAGCUCUCUUUGAAAACAUCAACAAGGAAGCAGAAAAAGCAAAUAACAAAUCUCCUAUUUGUACUAAGAAAGAAACUGUCGUUAGGAAACUUAGUUAUUCGAGUGAGGAUGACUUAAAACAGACUAGAACUACAAAAUCUAGAUCUAACUCACCUGACAAACCAAUAGGAGAUGUACCUCAUUAUAUGUUACCUUUAGAUAGACCUUCCAAACCCAAAUCGGAAUCUCCUGAAAGAAGGACUUCAAGACCAAGAUCGCCUGAUGGAAGUGAGUCUGGUGGUAUUCCCCAUUAUAUGUUGCCAUUGGACAGACCCAAGACUCAUACACCUAGAUCUAAAUCUCCUGAUAGAGAUAGCUUAAGAUCCUGUUCUCCGAAUGUCAGACAUGAAACUGGAGAGGUUCCUCAUUAUAUGCUACCUUUAGAUAGAACCCCUGAACCAGACAGAGAAGUUCCAAGGCAUAAACAACAUCUUACACGGACUGAACCAGGUGUUACUCCACACUAUAUGUCACCUUUGCACAAACCUAACACUCAUGUCCCAAGAUCUAAAUCUCCUGAUAGAGAAAGCUUAAGAUCCUGUUCUCCGAAUGUAAGACAUGAAACUGGAGAAGUUCCUCAUUACAUGUUACCUUUAGAUAGAACCCCUGAACCAGACAGAGAAGUUCCAAGGCAUAACCAACAUCUUACAAGAACCGAACCUGGUGUUACUCCUCACUAUAUGUUACCAUUAGAAAAUCCUAAGGCUCAUAUACCCACUGAACCAGACAGAGAAAUUCCAAGGCAUAAACAACAUCUUACUAGGACAGAACCUGGCGUCACUCCUCACUAUAUGUUACCACUAGAGAAUCCUAAGGCUCAUACACCUAGAUCCAAAUCUCCUGACAGAGAAAGCUUAAGGUCCUGUUCUCCGAAUGUGAGACAUGAAACUGGAGAAGUUCCUCAUUACAUGUUACCUUUAGAUAGAACUCCUGAACCAGACAGAGAAGUUCCAAGGCAUAAACAACAUCUUACAAGGACUGAACCUGGUGUUACUCCUCACUAUAUGUUACCAUUAGAAAAUCCCAAUUCUCAUAUACCCACUGAACCAGACAGAGAACUUCCAAGGUAUAGACAACAUCUUACAAGGACAGAACCUGGUGUUACUCCUCACUAUAUGUUUCCAUUAGAGAAUCCUAAGGCUCAUAUACCUAGAUCCAAAUCUCCUGACAGAGAAAGCUUGAGAUCUUCUUCUCCUCAUGUUCGACAUGAAACUGGAGAAGUCCCUCACUAUAUGUUACCUUUAGAUAGAAGCCAGACGCCCAGUGAGCUAGAUAGAGACGUUAAUAUUCCCAGGCAUAAACAAUAUGUCACAAAUAGUACUCCACAUUAUAUGUCACCUUUGCACAGACCUAAAACUCACACACCCAGGUCGAAUUCUCCUGAUAGAGAAAGCCUAAGAUCUUGCUCUCCAAAUAUCAGACAUGAAACUGGAGAAGUACCCCAUUACAUGUUACCGUUAGAUAAAAGGCAUAUGCAUAGUACACCUAGACCUAAAUCACCAGACCGUGAUACUCCUAGACACAAGUCACCUGAAUCUGGUGAUACUCCUCACUAUAUGUUACCUCUAGAUAGAGACGCUAGACCUAGCAGACCGAGAUCUAAAUCACCUGGAGGGGAUAGUCCAAGGCAUACUUCACCUGACGUUCGUUCUGAAGCCAGUGAUGUUCCUCAUUACAUGCUCCCAUUAGACAGAAACGUCCACUACAAAGACAAACCUAUCACAACCUCAAAACCUGAGAGUCCCAAUAAUAAAUUUGGUGUUACACUGAAGAAAGUGCAUCCUGACAAGCCCGUUACAAAAACUACUAAUACUAAAGUGACUACAGAAAGAAAAACCAGUAAUGUCGAAAAUAUAACUGAAGAAGAAAUCGAAGAUAUUUUUGAAAUAGAAGUCUUGGAGGAACUGCUCCAAAGAGUAACCAGUUACGAAAUACGCAGAGUAAUAAGAACCCAAAUUAAAUUGGUAAAGAAACUAAUAACAGAAAAUAGGCUAACGAUUUAUAUACAAGAAAGAAAACAAUCAAAGAUUAGGAAAGACCGUUCAGAAACAAUUACCCAAAAUGUUGAGUAUCAUUCAAGUUAUAAACAAACACGUAAAUCCUCCACAGAUCGGACUGUAGAGACUAGAACUCGCAGUCCUCAAAGGACACCAAGUCCAACUAGGCAACCAAAGAAUCAAUUUUACAGACCAAAUGAAAAGAGACAAAGUCCUCAACGAACAUCCAGUCCAACAAAACCAUCGAACGAAAAUAAUCUUAUAAAAACUACAACAACAACUAAUACAACAAUCCGAACAUCAACUCCAAGGGAAAUAGUCAGAAAACCUGGAGAAAGAUCUAGUCCAGAAAGACAGUCUCCUCAAAGGCAAGCUAGUCCAACUCGUACUCAAACUACUGUUCAAAGCAGCUACAGGCUUACAAGUAGCAGUGAUGUACCCACAACUAAACAAAUUACUAGAAAAACAGAGGAGCUACGAAGAUUUAGUCCAGAAAGAGUUUCCUUAGUUGAAACUACCUCGAGAACUGAACAAGUACGAAAAACAUCAACGGAAAAAAGUACUCUACAUACCAAAACUACAAGCCCAGAAAGAAAUGUACCUCAAAAGAAGGAACCAAGGCAUUCUAGUCCAGAUAAGAAGGGUCCUAAAAGUGGACACUCCAUUCUGAAGAAAACAGAAGUGCAGCAAAAAAAAGUGGAGGAAAAGAAGCCUGAGUGGGUCACCAACAGGAAUCUGAAGAAAGUUACGGGUUCAAACGAACAAGUACGAACUACGAGUAGUAGUAAAAAGACUGUUAAAGAAGAAAAGAUUGUCCAAAAGAAGUCCAGUGAGUAUGAACCUACUGAUUUGAUUACGUCUAGUUACGGUGUUGGACCUACUGAUGAAAAUGGUACUCCCUUAUUUGGACUGAAGGCAUUGAGACAAACCAACAACGGCACAACUAAAGUUCAAGGCACCUUUAUCACAAGUGAAUACUACUCAGAAAACGGCCAGGAACCCGUGGGACAAAUAAGCGUAACGAAUUAUUCGACCGACCCGAGAGAUUUGAGUACCGAGGAACAAAUUCAAAAUAACAAGCUAGUAACAAGCGUAACAACUACUCAGAAAUUCGGAUACGAAGAUUCACCUUCGUUAGAGACCCUAACAAAAAAUAAACGUCCGACCAAACAAAUAGAAGAUUCUGUAGCAGAAGGCAACAGAACGUCAAAUUUCAAACGACAGAACUCAGUGAAGGCUAUUUCUCAGAAAUUCAUUGAUUCGGCAGUGGAAUCUUUAAAAAAUGAACGGCAAACGUCCUACCCAAAGGCAGGUCUGAUUUUGCGCACUUCCAGUUUCAAGGAUUCUAAAAACGACUCUAAUGAAGAAGAUAUCACGUCAGGUAUCGUUACUACUACUAAAACAUCUAAACAAACCACUACGAAAAAAUCUACGAGUGAAGGAGGUGGUACCUUUCUUAGUAACAAAUCUACCAUUUCCGGUGUGACUGAUGUUAUCAGCAGAAUGAAGACUGAAGAAUAUGAAGAAGGUGACAGUUCUGAAGACAUAGAAGCAAGAAGUUUGCUGAACAAGUUUAUAGGAUCUCAAGUGAUACUUUCAGGAAUGGAAAAUAGAGGGACAGCGAUAACAACAACAAAAUCCAAAAUUUCAACAUCAGAAUUGGUACCAAGGACGACGAGUAAAAAAACGAUCAAACUGACGACAACUGUAACGGAGGGUGGAAAAACUAAAACCAAAACCUUAGUCUUUCAAAGUCCCAUCACAGAAGAGGAAUUAGAAAACAUCUGGGACGAAAAAAUUCUUCGAUUAUUGCUUGAACAAAGCACAGAAUACGAAGAAAGGCGAAUCAUCAGGAAUAGGUUACGCAGCGUAAUGGCAGAACAAGAAGCUUGUGCAGAUCUGGUACAGAAGGCAAGCCAGGAACAAGCCAGCGGAAAAAUAGAGGAAAGCGUGACUGUUGAAAAAUCGUCGAGUGAGACACCGACAACUACUACUACAACCAAAGUUACGAAAAUUAGUACCCAACAACAGGUAACCAAAAAGCCUCUAUCGCCAUUCGCUAAAUUUCAACAAUUGGACAAACAAAACAGUACCACUACUCCACCAGGUACCCCCGGUACCCCAAAGACUCCUGGAAACGGCCCUCUCUUUAAAUUUACCGAUCCUGCACUCAGCCUUUCAGCGGCUACCAUCAAGGAUCGUCUCUUGUAUUGGUGUAAAGUGAAGACUAAGGAGUAUGAGAACGUUCAACUAGACAACUUCUCCACCAGCUGGGCGGACGGACUUGCAUUUUGUGCCCUCAUCCACCAUUUCCUGCCAGACGCCUUCGACUAUCAUGCGUUAACGCCAAAAGAACGAAGACACAAUUUCGAACUUGCCUUCAAAGUUGCCAGUGACAAGGCGGACAUUUUUCCUCUCCUUGACGUUGACGAUAUGAUGGCCACCAGAAGGCCUGAUUGGAAAUGCGUCUUCACAUAUGUCCAGUCCAUUUACCGACGCUUCAAAGAUGAAGAAAUCUAAAAAUAUUUACAAUAUUAUGUGUUUUGUGUUUGUUUUUGUACAAAUGUAGAUAUUAGAAGUUGCCGUCAAACAUUAUUGGUAAAAUAAUAAGAUACAAAAAGAGAACAGACCGAUAAAGAGAAUAUUUUGUUGUGAGGUGACAAAAAGAAGUAUUUCUAAAACUACAAGAUAAAAACAGUUUAGUCUUGAAUCUUUAGCACUAUCAGACUACAAUUCGAGAAUAUUUGACAAUCAAUUCUAAUCUGAACAAAAAUCCUUGAAAAAUGGUAUGCGCAUGCGCACAUGCCUUGAACUUGCUACAGCAUUGCUUCUGCGAAGAAUCGUUUCAACUCAUAUUAGAUGAUGGACGUUAAAAAAACUGUGACAAUGAUCUAGAGUUCUAGAGAACCAAAAAAGCAAGAUUGAGGUAAAAUAAGACCCACAAAAUUUAGGAAAUAGGAAAGUAAAUUCACAAACUGUAUUAAGAGGGAUUACCAUCUUGAAAAGUAUUUGGAAAACUGGAGGUAUAAAUUCCUCUAAGGAUAACUGUGCUGAAAAAGAUCUACAACAUCGAAUGUGUUGUUUAUCUUGUUAACUUUUAGAUAACUCGCAUAAAAUAUUCUCAUUAUCAGUCUUAUCUUUAGUAGUCUUUAAAAAAAUCAGUCAAACUGAUCAAAAUUGUUGUACUAGAUGGUAACCAUCUUUAAACUUUAGCUAGAAGGAACUGUUACUGUAACGCUUACAAGUCGUUUUACUUGCUCUGUGAUUUUCAGAAGCAUUUCGAUAGAGAUCCGAUCUCUAUUCAUUGAAAAAGUGAUAUUUCUUUACCGUUUUUUGUACCUUCAUCUGCCCAGCUGUUUCUGUAGUCUGUAGGAUACGUAGCCCGUACAAAAACAUUUUUUUGUUGUACGGGAUUCACUCAGCAUUUAAUAAUUUUCGCUUAUUUAUUCACAUUUUCUAUUCAUAGUGGGAUGUUGCUUGAAUUGAAAUUGUCGCUCUAACAAAACAGUUGAAUGCGUUUGUAAAAUUUGUUGUAACAUUAUUUUGAAGCUAUAUUUUUAUUGUCUUGCAUUUUUGCACGAUAACAUUGUUUGUUAAGCACCUUUAUACUUAAUUUUAAGAUACUAUUUAUAUGAGACUUUAACAAAUAAAAUUUUAAAAGUU